CGUUCGAAAGCUUUUCGCUGGCUUGGCGUCCCAAUGUCAGACAACAGACAAGUGAAAUCAGUUAAUAACCGAAGUAAGCAACAAUAGCAGCAUCGUCAGCAUCAUCAUCAGCAGCAGCAGCAGCAGCAGCAGCAGCCGCAGCCAAAACAGUCGAGAGAAACUGGUUUCUAGUCUGCUCCGUAUUUGAGGGGCCAUUGCACGUAUUGAAAAUCGUUAGGACCGACCUGUCACGGAGGCAGACGACCGCCGAAAAUGGCUUCUUCCAAUUGCGCAGUAGUCGCCCUCAGCCUGUUUGCCCUCCUGCUGACGCAAGGGGGCGUUGAUGUUGUGGAUGCGCGCCGUAACCAAGGCAGCAACCAGCGCAAAACAUCAUCCUCAUCCAGCUCCAACGGUCAUGUGACCCAACCCAGCUACAGCACGAACGGACAUGCGGCCGGUAACUCGCAUGCGGACGUGGCCAAGCUGAGUUAUCCCAACUACAACUCGCAGCCAAAUCGGCCGAAUGUGAAUGGGAACGCGAAUCCGGGCUCGGCACCGGCUCCACAGGCCGGCUGGAAUGUGCCACAGGGUCCGCCGCCCGCCUACUCCGCCUCCAAUCCCGUGGGCGGCGCUCGCCCCAAUGUGAACGAGCAGGCGCCCUCCUAUCAUGCACCCAGCUAUGGGGCAGCUCCGCCCAGCUAUGGUGGCGCACCGCCAAGCUAUGGAGCAGCCACCUCGAACGUCCAUCAGCCCAUUACGGCCACCCAGAACCAUGGCACCCAGUAUGCCGGAGCCCCACCCGGCGCCACCUACUAUCCAUCGGGAGGACAUAAUGGCUAUCCCAGCAAUCUGCCAGCCGGCGCCACUUACUAUCCGUCGUCGGGACAUGUGCCCAUGGGUGGCGGAUAUCCAGCCGCACCACAGGGAGCCACAUAUUACCAGGCAGGCUCUGCGCUGCCUCCAGGAGCCACCUACUACUCUCAGCCUCCCCAGCAAUCCUCGUCAGGCCUGGGCUUUGGAACGGGUCUACUGGCUGGUGGAUUGGGUGGCGCACUGCUUGGCCACGCAUUGACACCCUCGGGCGGCAGCUCAUCCCAGCCAGCUGCAGCUGCUGCUCCAGCAGCUGCCGGUCAGGACCGCAUCAUCAUCAUUAACAAUGGAGUGCCGGUGAAUGCCAGCGAUGGCACCACAGUUAUCAAUGCGGCCGCAGCGCCAGCCCCAGCCGCCGCCCCAAUGAACACCACCCAAGAUGCCCAGCCAGCUCCCAUGGCGCCGUUUAGUCCGGAAACCUCCAACAUGACUGUGCCCAAUGCAGCAGAUGCAGCUGCAGCUGCAGCACCACCGCCACCCGGUGGCAUUAUUUGUGUGCCCACAAAGGUCAACGAGACAGAUCCGGCCGACAGCAGCAAGAUGAUUGAGGUGGAGAAGAUUGCCUGCUAUCCGGCACCUCCGCCGCCGGCAGCAGCGCCCGGCGAGGGACCAGCUCCAUUGGCUCCUAUGGCCCCGGCCCAGCCAGGGUCACAGCAGAUGCAGACACCACCAGCCGCCGCCUCAUCAAUGGACGCAGCCCUCAAGUCCAACACGAGCGGAGCUUCGUCCGUGACCUCUGGAGGGGGCCUGGGCCUUUUAAUGGUUGCAGUCGGCGUACUCGCCAUGCGGCUGGCAGCUCCAGAACUUUCCAAUUCGUUGUAAAUCCUCCACUGACCGGUUUUGGUGCCGUCAGUCACUGCACUGCUAGCCGCCCGCCCACUGCACCCCCUCCCUAGUUGUCUCACUCCGCCCUGUCUGCAGCUUUUUGUGGCCUUGAAACGAUUUGUCGCCUGUUACCCAAGAGUCUAUUUACGCUGGCCAAGAUCGAUAUUCCAAAUGCGUUAUGGUCCCGCCCGCCACGGGCGUGGACAAGUUACAAAUGGCAAAUGGCACGUGUUAAUUGCGAGAAAAUUGUUAAUGUUAAUUUAUUGCGUACCCUCGUCAAACCUACAGCAGUCAGUAUUCAGCGACAUCCCAGUAUUCCCAGCUUAGUGUCUCGAUAUAUGUAUGUAUGCAGACAGACAUCUAACUGUAUACCCCAAUGUAUUUUCCUUAACUUAACCUUAACCCUGUAACAGUGUCAGUGUCUCCAACAACGAAUCUCUCACAAGUGUGAACCAAAAUGACAUUCGAAUAUCUAAAUACCCUUUUUCUUCUCAAUUAACGAAUUAUGUAAGCAAAAA